UAGGUCGAUGCAAUCCAUACGAUGGGAAAUUUAAUAAGUGAUGUUAUCAGAGAAGAAUUGCAGAAAUGGUAUCAGACAUCUAUUAAACAAUGAGGAAAAUGGUAUUGCACAUGUAGAAAACACUACGGUAGUGGAAGGACGUUGAUGUUUCAUUCUAAAUCUUUCCAUUGUGGUGGAAUGGAAACCACCUCUGUGCAACCAAAUCAGGGUCUGGUGACCUUCGAGGAUGUGGCGGUGUUCUUCUCAGAGGAGGAAUGGGCUCUGCUGGAUCCGGGCCAAAGGGCCCUGCACCGGGAAGUCAUGGAGGAGAACAGCAGAAAUCUGGCCUCUUUGGCAGGACUUAUAUUUCCCAAAGCUGGUCUCACCUACUGGUUGGAAGAAGGAAGCGAUCAAUUUGCCCUGGGCCCCGAGGAAGGAGAGAGACAGCCAGGUGAAGUGAUGGAAUGGGAGGAAAAGGGUGAACAGCAGAAAAAGAAAACUGAAACAAAGCAGAAGUGGAGAAAGACAUUCAUUUCUUCUUACAGUGCUAACUUCCAUGAAGUCCCAGUACAAGAGGAAGGCCAUCAUGGGAACAAGGUCUUUGUAUCAACUUUUAGCUCCCAAGAAGGACUACACAAAGGGGAGAAAUGCUCUGACCAUGGUCAGACCCCAAGGUUUAUUUCCCAUCAAAGACUACACAUGGAGGAGAAACCAUAUAAUUGUUCAGAGUGUGGAAGGAGCUUCAGUGUGAUUUCAAAUCUAAUUUCCCAUCAAAGGAUCCACACAGGGGAGAAACCAUACAAAUGUACAGAAUGUGGGAAGAGCUUCAAUCACAGCACAGGCCUUGCUUAUCAUCAAAGAAUUCACACAGGGGAGAAACCAUACAAAUGCUUGGAGUGUGGACAAGCUUUCAGUGUGAGCUCCAGCCUUACUUCCCAUCAAAGAGUCCACACAGGGGAGAAACCUUAUAAAUGUUCAGACUGUGGACAGAGUUUCAGUCACAGCUCAAGCCUUGCUUACCAUCAAAGAAUCCACACAGGGGAGAAGCCAUAUAAAUGCAUACAGUGUGGGAAAAGUUUCAGUCAUACCUCAGGCCUUGCGUACCAUCAAAGGAUCCAUACAGGGGAGAAACCAUAUAAAUGUGUGGAGUGUGGACAGAGCUUUAGUGUGAGCUCAAGCCUAAUUUCUCAUCGAAGGAUCCAUACGGGAGAGAAACCUUAUAAAUGUCUGGAGUGUGGACAGAGUUUCAGUCACAGCUCAAGCCUUGCUUACCAUCAAAGAAUCCAUACAGGGGCAAAACCGUAUAAAUGUUCAGAGUGUGGGAAGAGCUUCAGUCAUAGCUCAGGCUUUGCUUAUCAUCAACGUAUCCACAGUGGGGAGAGACCAUAUAAAUGCUUGGAGUGUGGAAAAAGCUUCAGUGUGAGCUCAAGCCUUACUGCCCACCAAAGAAUUCAUACAGGGGAGAAACCCUAUGAAUGCUCAGAGUGUGGAAAAAGUUUUAGCAGUAGGACAGUCUCUAUUAGACAUCAGAGAAUCCACACAGGCGAAAAACCAUAUAAAUGCUUGGAGUGUGGAAGGAGCUUCAGCGUAAGUGCAAACCUUACUUCCCAUCAAAGAAUUCAUACAGGUGAGAAACCAUAUAAAUGCUCAGAGUGUGGAAAGUAUUUCCCUGACCACUCACGCCUUGCUCUCCAUCAAAGAAUUCACACUGGAGAGAAACCAUAUAAAUGCUUGGAAUGUGGAAGGAACUUCAGUGUGAGCUCACACCUUACUUCUCAUCAAAGAAUCCACACUGGGGAGAAACCAUAUAAAUGUUUGGUGUGUGGAAAGAGUUUCACUCAGAGCACAAACCUUACUAGACAUCAAAGAAUCCACACUGGUUAGAAGCCAUUUUAGCAUUUGGAAAGAUCUGUGGCCACAUAGAUUCUUAUCUCGGUUCCUAAUAUUAGCUGUAUUCCAUACAGUAGAUUUAAAUAUUGCAAGUACUUUGAAGAAUAUGUGGACUAAAACCUGAUUUUGAGGGUGAUGUAUAUCUUUUUAAUAAGACUUCCCCCGCGGUCUGUGUGUUGUUUGCUUACCUGAUUGUAAAGACGGACAGGGCUGAUGAUUAUCCUAAUGAAUAUUCUCGUGUUACUCUCAUACUUCCAUGUCAGUGCAAAGUGCCCUAACUUGGAUGGCCCAAGCAAGCCUGAUGUCAUUGGAUAUUGCAAGCUAAGCAGGUUUGGCCUUGGUUAGUAAUUGGAUGGGAGACCUCCAAUGAAGGAUAUGGUUUCUAUGCAGAGACAGGCCUAUGUCAAACCACUUCUGUUAGUCUCAAAUAUCUGCCAGUGGGCAGUUAAUAUUAAAUCUUUUAAUUGCUACCAGCAUAGGACUAGACACUUGCACACCCCCACCAGCCACUAAGGCAGUUGGAAUGAUGUUGCUGAGGGAUGCCAAGUACAUACGCCAAGUACAUACAAACACUGAGGGAGGGCUCUAAACCCUCCAAUACUUGGGCCUGGUGCAGCUUUAAGAAUCCACAGAGUGUUUUAAGAAAAGGCUAGGCAAGGCUGAGGUUCCCUAUAUCAUCCUUUGAAGACCACAGUUGUAAAGCAGACAUUUUUCUUUGGAGAUUGGAAAAUUGGAAAGUGAAUUACGCCAGCUCAGAGGAUAAAAGCUGAUGCGGUAGCAUUACUAGUGGACCUAGCAGAACUCACGGCAGGGCAGAAUGGGAUCUUGUUCAGUGACUCUCGUAAAUUUUUGUGAUAGACUAUUACUAAAUGUUAAGCGUUUCCAGCCAGCCAGUAAAGGAAAACUCUACAAACCAGGUUGUUUUUUCGUAACUUGCCAUCUCAUGUUUCUAUGAUGACAAUAACACAGGCCAGAGAUUGACGCCUCCAUGACACACUCAGUGACAGUACUGACAUUCUGCCUAGAAGAAAGUGGCAACAGCAAAAGUCCCUUGACCCGAAAAGAAAGUUACUUUCCACCUUGAUGCUGCACUAACUGGCACGUGAGAUGAUGACUCACUUCCCUAACUUUAAAAGUUACUCAUUUCAUAAUUCAUUAGUUUCAAACGAGCAUACUAACUAGGUGUAUGUGUGUUCUAAAAUGCAUAGCUAACAAUGUUUUCUAGACUCCUCCAUAUUUAUUGUUUUUCAAGACCAAGUUAAAGGAAGGGACAGACAGCGGAUCCAGGCGGAUUAGUCAUUCCAGAUAGUUGUUCACAAA